UUGAAAUCCUCUAACCGGAAGUCUCCAAUUGUUGCCAGCUUCGCGGAGCUCUUCAGGCGGGCUGUCUUUGAAUUGAAUGUUUGCAGUGGGAAAAGCGGGACAAUAAUGUUUAGCAGAUCCAAGGUGUUGGUGUCGAAAUGAAUCCUUGGGACCCUGUGCCAUAUUCCGUGACUCCCGCUGCUCAGGUCCUUGCGAGAUGUGUUGCAUCAGGUGUUUUGGCUCAGCGGGAUCUUGACGCGGUCCCAAGAGACACCAACGUCUUCUCUCCACGUCUCAUUGUAGCUGAACAAGUUGCAGACUUGAAAAGGCAGUUUGACGUGAAAAACCUGGAGAUGGAGCUGUUGAAGCUUGAGAAAGAGAGCGCAGACGUAACCCACAGUUUCUUCCUGAGCCAGAGAUUUGCUGCCCUGCAGCAGUUUACUUCACAUCUGCAGGAGGUGCUCAGGGAGCAGGCAAGUCUACGUCAGAGACUGAUGAAGCCUCUGUGCCUGCAGAACCUGCCCAUAGAGGCCAAUCUGCACAGGUAUGUGGUGGAGCUCAUAGGUAUGGUGAUGGACCUGAUUGAGAACAUGGAGAGCAAGGUGAAGAUUACUCGCUCCUUCCCUUCCCUUGGCCCGACCAUGACCAGCCUGGACAAUGCUGUGGCCCAGCUGCUGACUCAAGUGGCUGAGGUUGAGGAGCUGGCUGGACAGGUGUUACAGUGGAAAGACCUGCAGCACCACAUGUUCACCACUAAUAACCAGACCUCCACCUGAGUCCAAGACCAACCAACCAGGAUCCAAAAUGCGCAUGUGUUCUUUGACCUCGCUCUUCAGUUACCAGCCAGUGCAGGUCCAGCAGCACAUCUAGUGAUAUGCUUACCCAGUACAGUUGAUUUUUGCUUAUUUACAAUUUGUAUUUUUAGGUGGAAUUCCAUUCCUUAAUCCUUAAUUCCUUAAUGUUGAGGACCCCCUUGAAAACAAGAUGGUGCAAGAUGGGGUCUAUCCUCGAAUUAAAUUUUGAAAUGAACUAAAAUAAUCGUAUUGUAGUUUUUUCUUUUCUUUCAAACAACAUGCCAUCAUUCUGUCCUGUGUUUCUUUGUUUAUUCCUGAAAGGACAAUUUUAAUAUGUUGGGUUUAGCCCAGAAAUAUAAUUUAUUUCUUUUAACACAAAACAUUUAUUUAUUACAAUAUGUAAAGCGUCCAUUCUGCUGUGUGCAUUAGGUCUUGAGGCUAAUGAGGUUAAUUUGUUGAUGCAUGCGCUCCUUUGAGGUGGUGCUGAUCCUUUUGCUGGUCAGGAAUACAUGUGGGAGCCUCUCCGCUGUCAUGUGACUUCUCCAAUAUCAUGUCACUGGGGUGGGCUGAGGAUCUUCCACUGACAGCUCUUGGUUCAUGCAUGGUGGCUAAAAAACCAUAAAGGUUAGCGGAGUGCCUUAACUACAAUUCCGACUUACAUGUUAUUGUAAAAGUCCAUUUUGUUCUUUAGAGAGGUGUGUCAUCGUGGUUUUUUUGUUUGGAAUUUGCAACUGUAACUUGGCCAUGUUCCAUAUUACAUCAGUGGCAUGAAAGAAACCUUGUAUGUCCCUUGUUUUUUGUUUAAAAAAAAUAAAUAAAUAAAAAUUUCUUAUCCAGCUUUGUUUCCUCUCAAACAAUAAAGUUGGUUCAAAACCUUG